UGUUAGAUUUAACGUGUAUAGUGUUUUACCGUGACCGUGUUAGAGUUAACGUAUAUAAUGUUUAACUGUGACCGUGUUAGAUUUAACGUAUAUAGUGUUUUACCGUGACCGUGUUAGAUUUAACGUAUAUAGUGUUUUACUGUGACUGUGUAUGAUUUAAGGUAUAUAGUGUUUUACUGUGACUGUGUAUGAUUUAAGGUAUAUAGUGUUUUACUGUGACUGUGUUAAAUUUAGUGUUUAAAUUUAGUGUUUAACGGUUAUAAUUAAUAAUAACUGCAGAAGAACACCACAACAUAAAAACAGACGGAAACCAGUCGAAAACAAACCCGUGUACACCACACACAACACAGGGAACAUUACCAGCAAUAAAUAACACAUCAAGUGCUAUCAAAUCAAGUGAAUGUGCGAGAGUCGUAAGUGUGUUCUGCCCCGGGUUUGUAAUACAGUGUGACUAUGAUAUAUCUAUAAUGUGGGUGUGAUUAACUGUGUUAUAUUUAAUCAAUUCCUGGUUUAAUCAAAUAAUCAAGGAAACUUGUAGAAGUCUGAUACUCUGUUUGAGUUAAUAGGGUGUGAUUCGUAGUAUUACCAAGAUGGCGCAGUCGGUGUCGUUUAACGUAAAAAAACAAGGUCAAGAAAGACCACUGUAUGAAUUGGUGGAUAUGAAAGGUGGAGGAGAACUGAUAGAAUUAAUGAAACUGGCUUCAUGCAACCACGAUUAUUCUACGUUAGACAACGAAAUAAAAAAAAUACAGAAAUAUCUGUACGCGGAUGGAGGCGGAAGAUUUGUAGCUAUAUCCAAACUAAUCGAAUAUAGGAAAGCCCAGAGAAAAAAAAUAUUACGCGAAGACAGCCAUCAUGCCACCAAAAAAACAACACCACAAGAUUCGGUUAAACGUGAAGUAUGUUGGAAUUUGGACGAACGUGGUACGGUAGGCGAGACAAUCCUUCACCUGUGUUUCUUGAACCCAACCCAGACUCACAGAGAACUGGCCAAACGUUUAAUGGACAUUUACCCCAAUCUGGUGAAAGAUAUCUACAAUGGUGACGAAUACUACGGCGAGAAUGUACUACAUAUGGCCAUUGCAAAUGAAGAUAGUGAAAUGGUGAAGUUUGUUUUAGAUAAAGGCGCUGAUUGUCGAGCCCGAGCUUGUGGACGAUUCUUCUUUCCUGAAGAUCAGAAAAAAUCCCUAACUGAUGAUCCACCUAAUGAAUGGGUCAAGGUCUCGACAAAAACAGACUAUAAGGGCAACGCGUACUUCGGAGAAUAUCCUCUCAGUUUUGCUGUAAGUUUACAUAAACCAUGUUCAGAUUCAGACAAACGAAGAUCAGGUUCCGACAAUCCAGAUUAUAUUUCAUGGAUUCUAGAGAAAGAUCGAGAAACGAAGAAACCCGACGAACCACCUUUGAUUAACUUACAAGAUUCUAAUGGUAAUACGGUAUUACAUAUGGCCGUUAUACACGAUAAAAAGGAAUUGCUUCAACGUUUAAUGGAUGAAGGUGCAGAUCUGAACAUUAAAAACAAGCAAGGAUUAACACCGUUAACACUGGCAGCAAAGCUAGCUAGAAAGGAGAUGUUUGAAUCAAUUCUGGAGUUAGAGAGAACAGAGUUCUGGAGAUUUGGGGAUGUUUUGUGUGCUGGCUAUACUCUAGAAGAUUUUGACACUAUCUCAAAGAGUGGCAAAAUUAACCACAAUUCAGCUCUCAAUCUGAUUGUUUAUGGGAAAGAACAAUCACAUAUUAAUAUGAUAGAUGGAUUGGUCAAGAAUAUGCUGAUCGAUAAAUGGAAAAUAUAUAUUCGACCCGAGUUUUAUAUGAGAUGUGUGCUGUUUGUGAUAUACUAUGUGAUGGCAGCGGUUGCCAUCGGAUUAAGACCAGGGAAGGAUUAUUGUAUCGAUAGGACGGUGCCAGUCAAUUCGGAUUAUUGUAAUCGAUCUGAGAUCAAUAUAUCCGUCAACUCAUGUUAUCUUUAUAAACCUUAUAGAACCAAAGACACGGUACGGAUCGUCCUAGAAGAUUACGUAUAUUAUUUAUUUUAUAGUGUUUGUGGUUUAUAG